AUGGCGGCCACGGCGACCGCGGCGGAGCUGGUGGGGCGGCUGGUGGGGCGGGACGGGCGCCGGCGGGAGGUGCGGGUGUCGUGCGGCCCGGCGGCGGGCGCGGCGCCGGUCGGCCUGGCGGCGGUCCGGGCGGGGCUGCCGCGCCUCAAGGAGCGCGUCGCGGCGCUGCUCGCCGACCUGAUCAUGGCGGCGGCGGCGCCCGGGGACCCCCCCGGACCCCACGGUGAUGGGGAGGAGGAGGAAGAGGAGGAGGAGGAGGAGGAUCAAGACGAAGAAAAUAACACUGAAAUCAAAACUUACUCAGAUGGCCCUGCUGCAAAGAGGGGUCCACCAACAGAUGCAUUUCUACAUUCUGAGCAGGAAUCAACAGAAGCUUCUCUACUGAAUGCCAAGCAGGAAAUACCCUGCCAAAAGCCAGGCGCACAGGUGGCGUUGCCAUCAUUUCCAAAACUUCUCAAAGGCGACAUUUCCCCAGAAUUCUGCUCCCCUUUUACAUGGUGAGAAAUAUAUGAAAGAUGUUAUGUCCGGUAAUAGAAUUACAGGAAAAGAACGAAUCAGGGAAUCUUCAACUAAUUUCCCCAAACACAGUGUCUUGCCAAAAUCACCUUUGCCUGUUCUGUUUUCUUUGGGGACUGAUUCAAAGACUUUUUUGGAGAGAGAUUGUGAAGGUGAUUGAUUUAUCCUGAGAACAAAACAUUUAUUUUAUCAUCAUCAUCAUCAUCAUCAAUCGUAUUUAUUGAGCGCUUACUAUGUGCAGAGCACUGUACUAAGUGCUUGGGAAAUACAAAUUGGCAACAUAUAGAGACAGUCCCUACCCAACAGUGGGCUCACAGUCUAAAGGGGGCUUUUAUGAAAAGCCUUUAAGAAUUACGUUGUAAAUGUGCCAAGCUUUCCUUCUACAUGGAGUAAAAUGGUAUUAUUGUUUUGACUAAAGGAAGUGAGGAUUGUUUUGCACCAAUAAAUACCAACUUCCAUUUGGA